UUUCCCCUUUUUGCAGUCAUGCAUGAGCGUGUCGUGUUCAGUGCGAGAUAAGCUUGACUUCUGUUCUUCCUCGUUGCGAAAUAACAUUUCAGUCCACACACAGCUGCCGGUGAUUGAGACAUCGUGACGGUUCAGACGACAGACUGAUCAUCCUUUCAUGAGCUUUUCUGAAUUGUCUCCAUCAUGGAGGCGACUGGGAAAUACGACUUCUCAGCCACAGCAGAGGAUGAGCUGAGCUUCAGGAAGGGAGAUAUUAUCAAGAUUUUAGGCACUAACGACGACUGGUUCAGAGCAGAAAUCCACGGCAUGGAAGGAUUCGUUCCUCGGAAUUACAUCAACAUCCACUUCCCCAGCUGGUAUCAGGAGAACACCAGUCGACAGUCUGCUCAGGAUCAGCUGAUGCCUAAACCAAUCGGAUCAUUCCUCAUCAGAGGCUCCCAGAGUUCACCUGGAGAAUUCUCCAUUUCAGUCAGACAUGAGAAUGAUGUGCAGCACUUUAAGGUGAUGCGAGAUAAGCAGGGUCGGUAUUACCUGUGGACCGACACCUUCAGCUCCCUCAACACACUGGUGGAGUUCUACACACACACCUCCAUCUCCAAGCAGAGCCGCGUGUUCCUGCUCACAGAGCAGCGGAGUCCAUCAGAUUUCCCGCACAGGAAGUCUGCUGAAGCUCCGCCCAUCUCUCAGGAGAGACAAAACUACAGAACACCAGCACCACUGUUCCCUCGCCCACCCGAGCCCUCACCGCCAGCACAGGCGUCUGCGCUGCAGGUUCGGGCUGUGUAUGACUUCACUGCUGAGGACGCAGACGAGCUCAACUUCCACGCUGGAGAUGUUAUAGAGGUUUUAGAUCAGUCCGAUCGUUCCUGGUGGAAAGGUCUCUUGCGCGGGAGAAUCGGACUUUUCCCAGUUAACUACACCAAUCCGGUUUGAGAAUCCCAAACACAGACGUUCAGUUUAUAAUCCCUUUAUUCUUCUGUUCUUCUGUCUUGAUGUUGCGUAUUAAUGUUUUGUCCAUAUUUAUAGUAGGCCUACAAUCACAGUUGUGCAGUUAAGAAACACUUUUUCAUCUUUUCAUGAAUGCAGUACUGGAACUCACUCACACACACACACACACACACACACACACACACACACACACAGUCACAC